AUGAUUUCUGGUCGUUGUGCAGCUUGCAAGUAUCUGAGAAGGAGAUGUCCUUCAGAUUGCAUAUUUUUUCCUUAUUUUCCUCCCAAUAAUCCUGAAAGAUUUGCCUCUGUUCAUAGAAUCUAUGGUGCCAGCAAUGUUGCCAAAAUGCUCCAGCAACUACCACACCAUUUGAGAGGUGAAGCAGCCGAUACUUUGUGUUAUGAAGCUGAAUGUAGAACACGAGAUUGUGUGUAUGGUUGUGUUAAGACUAUUUCACAAUUACAUCAAGAAAUAAACAAGGCAGAAUGCCAAUUAGCUAAAACACGAGCUGAGAUUGCCUUCAUUAGCUCUAGUGGUGGACAAGGAAGGACUACAACAACCUCAACCUCAUCACCAAUUACAAGUUCAACCAAAUUUUAA